CUGGAAAGAUGGGCAAGAUGUAGGUGUGUGCAGAUCCUCGCACAGCUUGCGGAGCCUCCUGUCCGCCGGCCAGGACACAGACCAAUAUCACAUGCAUCCAAGGACUUCUGGCUCCGGACUCGUACAUAUCUGUGCCUCGCGCCCUCAACCUCAACCACCACUUCUUGUCGCAUUCCCCCCCAACAACCAUCCCAACUGCCGUGGAGCACCUAGCGCCGAAGCCAUCUACUAUUAGGCAGGUUCUUCCCGUUCUGCAACAUUCCCACUCGUCGAGCAAGUCGAGCGAGCCAACAUGUCGGCCAUCGUGGAGUCUUUCACCUUGCUGUCCAUCGCGCUCUGCACAAUCGCCGUGCGGACUUGGUACCGAUGGUCUCAGGUCGGCUUCUCCGGCUUCCAGCUGGACGACUAUAUCAUGCCCGUCUCUGGCCUACUAUUCUCCCUCGUCACGACACUCGCGUAUCUUGUUGGUGCCAACUACGACGGUCUCACGAACAGUUACAUGACGGACGAGCAGCGUGCGGCUCUCGACCCCACGUCCAAGGAGGCCUACAACCGCGAGAUGGGCUCCAAGAUCCAGGUGAUCGGCUGGUCGUUCUAUGCGAUGGAGCUGUGGGUGUUAAAGGUCUGCAUCACUGUGUUUUACUCGAGGUUGACAACUCGCCUAAGCAACCUCCACACCCGCGUCCUCGUGGGUUACGGCGUCAUUGGCGUGAGCUACAUUGCCGUGGGGCUCUCAAUCGUCCUAGGAUGCCAGCCCAUAUCGCGUAAUUGGCAGAUUCACCCGAAUCCCGGAAAUCUCUGCCAACCUACCAACUCGAAGCUCAACGUCUUCAUGGUCUAUCUACCUAACGUGAUCACGGACGUGUACCUUCUUUCCAUUCCUCUUCCUCUGCUCUGGGGCGUCAAUAUCUCGCUCCGCCGCAAGCUCACGCUCAUGCUCCUCUUCAGCGGCGCCAUAUUCGUCAUAGCCGCCGCCACGAUCCGCGCCGUCGUCAUUAUCACGGCCGGCCCCGAAGGCGCCGUCUCCGGCAGCCAGUGGGCGUGCCGCGAGAUCUUCGUGUCCGCAGUCGUGUCCAAUCUCCCCGUGAUCCAGCCCCUGCUGCGCAAGCUGGCCAGCCACACGGGGCUCAGCAUCCUGUUCAGCAGGUCUGGCGGGCGCUCCGGCAAGAACGGUGCCCACGACGGCGCAAGCGGAGGGUCGGGCAAGAGCUACCCGCUCAGCGACAACCCCCGGACCGGCCCGCACUCCAAAUCCUACGGCCUCGGCAGCCGCUCCAAGUUCGGCACCCAGCUGUCUCGCCAUGCGACUGCCGGCCCGGCGGCUGCCGGUGCCGCUACUACGACUGCAGUCGCCGCGUGGGGCAGUGACGAGCAUAUCCUCCUCGACGGAGGUGGCAAGACGCUCAGCCCUGGCACCGGGGCGGCUGUCAUGGGCGACAAGGAUAUCGUUGUUGGCAAGGAGAUCACUGUAGUCACGGAGUCGGCGGCCGAUGCCCGCUCAGGCUCCGUGCUGGGCCAUCGUGACAAGGACGUCUGGGGCUAUUCGGAGCGAAGGAAGCGCGAUAGCUCGAGUGAUCGCUCGAGCCGGUGAGGGGAGGUCGUGCAGUUGGUCUUGAGCUUAAGUGCUGGACGGCGAAAACAUUUUGUAAGGCGUGCUUAGCAUCAGGUAGACUGUUUAAUGAUGGAUACACAAUUGAAAAAU